ACGGAAUUCAUUUUAAUCGGCUUCCAAGUUCCCAAGCCAGUGGAGAUCCUCCUUUUUGUGGUGCUUCUUGUAGUUUUCCUAUUGACACUCGCUGGGAAUAUCACCAUCAUCACACUGGUGUGCCUGGCCCAGCAACUCCAGACUUCCAUGUACUUCUUUCUCUGCAAUCUCUCCUUCCUGGAGAUCCUCUUUGUUUUGACAAUCACCCCAAAGAUGUUGGCGAAUCUGGCUUCCUUGGACAAAACCAUCUCUUUCCUCGCCUGUGCCGCCCAAUGUUAUUUCUACUUCUUCCUUGGCACUACUGAGUUCAUCCUCAUCGCCGUGAUGUCGUUUGACCGUUAUGUCGCCAUCUGCCACCCGCUUCGCUAUGCCAUCAUUGUGAACGGUCAGGUAUGCACAUCAUUGGUCCUUAGCUGCUGGAUUGGUGGCUUCCUAUCUACCAUUGGCCCCAUCGUCCUGUUCUUCCAGUUGACUUUCUGCGGCUCAAAUGUUAUCGACCAUUUCUUCUGUGACUAUGCCCCAAUGAUAAAGCUGUCUUGCAAUGACAUACAGUUCAUCCUGGCCCUGGUGUCUGUCCUCUCUUCAGUAGUGCUGCUCAGUUCAUUGGCUGUCACUGGUGUAUCUUAUCUUUACAUUAUCGCCACCAUCUUGCGCAUGCACGCCGCCAAAGGCCGGCUAAAGACUUUUUCCACCUGUGCAUCCCACCUGACUGUAGCCUCCAUCUUCUAUGGCAGCGCAAUCUUCAUGUACUCUUUACCCAGCCAGGGACGCUCUCGGGCCGUUCAGAAGGCCAUAGCGGUACUCACGGCUGUGGUGACCCCUUUGCUCAACCCUUUUAUAUAUACUCUGAGAAAUGAGAAGGUGAAGGAGGCCUUGAGAGACUGUCUGAAGAGGCUAACAUUGAAAUUGUGA